AUUGUGAAAGUCCUACAGUGUGAGGAAAGAUGGAUACGUGUUGACGUCGCGCAGUUCCGGCGAUUUUUUAGAAGGGAACGGACUAAUAUUUCAUCAAAAUGAACACCAAAGGACCAAUACUACCUCUUCAACAGAGGUAUUCUAACGGUGUCCCGUUGGGAUAUACCCGCUCAGGACUAAGAGCAUCAGAACGAUACGUAGUUUAUCUACUUUUUCUUGUUUUUAUGAGUGUGUGUUACAGUGCAGUGUUUCUUGUGCCGGAGCUUCGGGGACGUGUCAACUCGUUCGUGGACUCGCCCGAGCAGCUAUUCAAGCCGGGUGGCAAGGAAGACACAUUUCCCGGUCAUCUGCAUUUAGAUGCUGGAAACCAGGAUGUACAUUUAGAACAAGAUAGGAAAAGAAUAGAGCUACAAAUUGCCCAAGAUAGGGCGCUGCAGCAAGCAAGAGGGGCCUUAAAUCAUGAAGGAAAUGAUGGAGGAGCAGACGAAAAUAUGGAUCAACAUCAAAUUGAUAGUAUUAAAAAAGAUAUUAAUGAAGACAAGGUGAAAUUUUUAGAGCAGCAGAAAAAGCAAGUUGAGGAAGAUCUUCAAGCUGCGAGGAAAGGUGGAAAAGAUGCUUUAGCUGCAAAAGGAUAUUUUGAGAGAACAGAUGGUGAUCCAAAUGAUAUGGAUGUUAAAAGCAAACGCGAUCAUAUACGAGAGAUGAUGUUACAUGCCUGGAAUGGCUAUGUAAAGUAUGCGUGGGGUGCCAAUGAACUUAAGCCUAUUGCCAAGACGGGUCAUUCAGCAAGCAUCUUUGGGCGUUCCGCCAUGGGCGCCACCAUCAUUGAUGGUAUCGAUACACUCUUCAUCAUGGGUUUGAGGGACGAGUACCAGAAAGCAAGGAAUUGGAUUGCCAAUGAAUUCAAAUUUGAUGCAGUGAGUAUCCAUUAAUAGGCCUGUUCAUUC